AUAUUAAAGUUAAGGAAAUGUCAGUACAUGAUAACUUGGCCAAUCAGUGAUCAUUUGGACUCUUCGGAUAUAUCUCUGCAUAAAAGGGCCUAAGGAGACCACUAAUCAAGAUGGAAGAAGAUAAAACCGGGCUUAAAAUAUUGAUUACACAAAGAAGACAUCGUCCAUCCUACACGAGGGUAAUAUCGCAGGAAUUCAGUCAGAAAACUGAAAUAGUAGGCAAGUCUAGAAGAAGAAGGAAAAGUCAGCAAAAUGCCUGUAAAUCCUUGUCAGACUUGUCUGAUUCCUUCAGCUCAUCUAACAGUGAUACAAACGACAUAUAUCAGGAAUUCAGAAAGCCUUCUGAUGAGUGUAGCACUCUCAGUGAAAAUGACCAAUCAGAUGAGAGUGAAUAUUUCUCUGCAGAGGAAAAUCUUGUCGCAGUGCAUGAUGUUAACCAAGAUAAUAAUGCUACAUUGCUAUCAAACACAUGUUCAUCCAAAAAAGAUGAAGACGUUGAAACAGUGCUGCAAGAAGUUCAUGUAUAUGAAAAUGAUUUUAGUUUUUUUACUACAGAAGAUAAAAAUAGGAAUGGCAUAUAUAAAAGAGCACCUAGUAAAAAACAAAAAAGGAAAAGAAGACAGUUUCAAUGCAACUCCUCUGUCUUUAAAGAACUUCCAUUUUAUGACAGUGAUAUUCUAGAAGAUCCUGUAACAAUAUAUGUUCACAAAGAAAUUCCAUCUCUGUACUCUCUUUGUGUGAAAUUGUUAAGUAGAAAUAAAAAACUGAGGAGACAUUGUAUGAUUCCAGUCAGUUUUAGAAAGGAUAUUAACAAAGAAGCUGAGAUUCACAAUGAAAAAGUAACCUGGUUGAAUUCAAUUCUAUCUAAAUAUGAAGAAGAGCUUAAAUUGGAUAUGCAUACAGGUGUUUAUGAACUGAGUGUUCUCGUACGAAACGUGUGGAAUAUUGACCCUCACAGUCAUAUUCCUGGAAGAUAUGUCAGACCUCUCUUAGGGGACAGAAAAAUCAGCUGUUUACCUGUAACUCAACUCUACUCUUUUUACUCAUCUAGGUCUUAUUUCUCCAACAAACUGAUGUUAGUCCUCGGAAGCUUCUUGCAUUUGACGUUGCCCCUCCCAGACCCUCACAAAGGAAACCCUAAACUGAAGGCGAGAGAUGGCUCCGCCCCAUAUGACAGAGCAGUAGAUAAUGUUGUUACGACACUCAAAACAAGAUACCCUAUUGUUAUGGGAGCAUUCUAUGACAAAGUCCUGCCGUACAUAUUCUGGGCAAGAGGAGACAUUGUCAGGGCCAGAGAAGGCUUCCAUCAUCUGAUUCAUACAAACAAAAAAUCAAGAUACAAGGCGCUGUAUUUGUACGAGAUAGGCAGAAUGUUGCACUUUUUUGAUGACCCAGCUCUGUUGUCCUUUGACAGUAUGGCUGACAUAUCGGAGGUUUUCGCAUCCAAGCCGUACUAUUGUCAAAAUGAAGUGGCCCAGCAGGUCUCCAAACAAAUCUCACUCUUAAAGGCUAAUCUUUGUGACCAAGGAGUAAUGACCUUUGAGAAAGCCCGAAUGGCAGCUGAUAAGUGGAUCCACUGUGUCCAUGCAUUACCUGCCUGGGGAAAAGACAGCCUGGAAUAUAUCUUCUACAUGGAUUCACUUCUGUGUUACCACAGCAACUCACGCUUUGAAAUGGGAGUUGAUUGGUUAGAAGAUGCCAAAGUGAGGCUGAAACCCCUUUGUGGUGUAUACCCAGAGCUAUAUGUUUUUGUAUCCAUGCUGUAUGCCAUCCAGAAAAACAGAAAAAGAGUACAAGCUACGUACCAAUUGUUCCGACAGCAAGAGACCAUCUUUACUUGCGAGAAAUACAAGGAGUGUCCCUGGGAGGCCCUGACAGAGGCCGUGGAGCGAUCCCCCUCAGUUAAACCCCUCAAAGUCCUAUGGAGAACCCAACUGAACCCCCCAAGAUUCUUCUCCCUAAAGUCUGAAGACAACCAUUGGAACUUUGAUUGGACAUACAGUUUUAAGAGUGAGCCAACAGAGGCAGAUAUAAGUUGUCGUGACCUUAACCUACAUUUGACCCCUGAAGGUCACCUGACAGGAGAUCUCCAAAUGUCCCUCCCACCUCUUCAGUCAGUUCUACUUAACCCCUACACUGGUGCCAUACAUCUCCCUGUAUCCCAGACAACCAUGACUUUGAGGAGCAUUCCCUCUGUUUAUUGUAAUUAUAUAAAUAAUCAAAGACAUCUCUUUUCACCACCAGUCUUAAUACCAAUGGAGAUAUAUCGAGGUCAGAAUGGCUGUGUUGUACAGAUGAUAAUGCCAGGAAACUUUGAUCAGAGGCCAGCCAAGCCUGUAUUCAAACUCUACUGGCAAGGGCCUAAUGGAGAGAGAGCAAGGGUCAACCUGGCCUGUAUACUCAGGGACUUUGUCUAUCAGAGGGCACGGGACACAGUGAAAGGUUUAAAUACAGAGGAACCAGUAAAAAGGUGUAUGUUGGAAGUACUGAGGUUAUGUUAUGUCCAGGGCUGCAGGAUUCCACAGUCGGACAUUACCAGUCCAUUAUUUACCAGUGCUAAGGCCGCCCACAACAAAACUCAAAAACUGAGAGGACGGUUUAACAAGUGGGACAAAGGGACAGAACUCAAUGCUGAGAAAAUUUUCCAGGAAGAAUUCAAAUAUUAUGCCUCUCUGGAACUGGUAAAACCCCCUCUUGUGUUUGGCGAGGACAUAUUUUUCAGAUGUAAAGUUAGCUAUGAAGAUAACCAUGAACUGUUUGUGGUUAUACACACACAAAGUCGGAGGGAAUUCAAAAAUCCAUCAAUAUCGGAGAAACAUAUAGGCCCUGAUGCUGUACAGUGCACAAGUGGGAUCUCAAAAUCCGCAGAGGGAGUCUGUUUCAUACUUUAUAACAAAGACCGCUUGCAGUUAGUGGUAUUUAACAGACGGCUACAUAAGACAGACACUGUUGAUUUGUCUAUACUACAGUCACAUGAGGAAAUCGUACCUAUUAUCAUCAAAAAUUCAGUAUUCGCCAUCAGCGCUUCACAAUGCCUGUAUAGGACCAGUAAUCGGGUCGAGACUUUUGCUGAACAUCUGGAUCUGAUCCAUCGCCUGGCUUUCCUGGGGGAUAUGUUAGUUAUGGUCACAGUCACUGGAUAUUUGCUUUUUGUGGAAUGUGUGUCUUUGCUUCCAAUUAAAACAAUUGUUCACCCACAAGCCUUUGCGCUGAUGUUGGAGAAUCAAUACAUCUAUGAAGUCUGCAGUUGUCUCAAAGUUCUUGGAGAAAAGUCAUUCCAGGAUGCCAGCAAUCAGGAAUUUGUCAGGGCAGCCAUUGCUAUGGAUAACAAACUUAUCAUCAUCAAAACACAGUCAAACACAACCUAUGGUGUGGAUAUAGAAGACAUAUCACCUGUUAUAGUGACCUCAGCUGUGACCUUGUCUGGCCAACCCAAGGACAUUUGCUUUCUUAGUGAAUCAGCUGGUUACCUGGUGUCAGCCUCCAUCUUUAACGACAAACAGAGACCUUACAGAGAAAACCUCUACCACUUCGACCAUGGGGGUCAGCUGCUGGGUAUUCUUCUGUCUUUGGGGCAGGGACCACGGUCAAUGUUUCCCGUCUAUCUGCCAGGUGACUCAGAUCUAGCGUCCAGAACUGGUCAGCUUGGUAAGAAAGGCUGGCAUGUUUACAUGAGGGAUGGACAUGAUGGAAUUAUUUGUGUGUAUUUGGGGGAUGUCAUAUGCAGAUAUAUGGAGUGAACUCUAAAAAUGAUGAUUGGUUCCUUUGUGUAUCUUGCACUAUUUAAGUUUUUUUUUUAGAUCAUCUGCUCAUUUAAGAGAGAGUGUUUAUCAGUUUGUAGUGCACUUCAUCCAAUGCAACCCAGUAUAAAUACCAUUGUGAUAUACCCCACAACUGAUAAACAGAGAGUUGUUUGAUAUGUUUUCUGUGAUAUCUUUAUAUUUCACCAAUAGACUGUGAGCCUUAAAGUCUGUGAUCAAGUAUACUCAUGUUAUCAAUGGCAUUGUUAAAAUCAAAAAAAUGAACAAUAUCCACAAUUUAUAGCUUUUUUUUAAGUCUAUACAUAUUAUUAUAAAAAAAACUGUGAUGAUGCCUGGUACAUGAGCUGAAAUACAUUAAAU